AUGGACGAAGCCGCAAUUCCACCAGUUCAAAAGAACCCAGAAAUCGCUGAUCAAGGAGUCGCCCAAGAAGUCAAGGAAGGAGCUGAACUCCAAGCAAGAGAACUUGUCGACGCCGAUGCAGCUCCAGCUCCGGCACCACCUGCACCACAAAAUAAUCGAGAAGAAGAAUUGGAGAGAAUCUUGGAAGAGGUCUUCGGACAUCUAAGAAAUCGCAAUCGGGAGGAAUCUUCUCCUCCACGUCAAAACCGUCCAAAUGUUCCACGGGGGCGCAAUGCUGUUCCACGCAUUCCUGGAAGUGCUCCACGCGUCAAUGUGAGCCGUGGGAGAGCAAAGCGGGUGAAUACUCGCGUUGCCAGAAAACGUCCCCAAAAGAAAUAG